ACCCAGUAUUGACCAGUCACGGUUGGUUACACACGUCGGACCGGUUUUUAUUUACCUUCUACAUUUGUUAGCGUCACCUUUAAGCCAUUGGACAUACAAUAUGAACAGUUCCGGUGUGACACUGUGAUAUGACCCGUUGUGGUUUGGUGUGAGUUGUUACCAACGUAUACGUAUGAGCCGAUCUUAGCUCGAACAGUUCUGUCCUCGGAAAACAGUAGUACAACAGAAUUGUCUAACGCAAGACGCUGGAAAUUUGCAUCAUACGGUACUGAAGUCUGGGAUCCUUCCACCAUUCAGCAGACCGACUUUGUACCUACGACCUUCCACCAUUCAGCAGACCGACUUUGUACCUACGACCUUCCACCAUAAUGAGCGAGUACGCCGUGUUAUAAACAGUAGUCCAUCUCACCUGGUCACGGGACAGUCGAUUUUACUGUAGCGUGGUGUCCCUAUAAUAGCAGUGGGAAUCGAUUGGAAACCUGGAGACAGAAGUGCUGGUUAGCCGUAUAAAGACACGCCUGCCCGGACCAAGUGUGGCGGUUAUAACACACGUGUAAUAACAGUACAGGGUACAGUCCACCGGGCUCUGUGACGGGGUGUGUGGCUCUCAUUUUCUCAUUCAUAUACAGGUGAUGGCCUUAGAUGAUCGAUGUUAUUAAAACCCAGUGUGUGGAAUAUUUAAAGUCCACGGUGUAUACUCCUUCUCGAAGUGUAAUAUUGGUGGACUAGUCUGUCGGUAAUAACAAUAAAAUACCUGUACUCCGUAACAACUGCUAACGAAGUAAACAAAUGAAACAAUCGCUUUGUCAAAGUGUGAAACUGAGCGCUGGAGUAAUGAUGUGAUAUUACUAUUUCUUCUACACAGAACCGACAGUAACCGGAAUUGUGAAUACCUGUUAAAGGUUAGCUCCCCGCGGAGGAUCGCUGUUUCAUUCUGAAGUUCUAAAGUCAGUGGCGAUUUGGUGUAUAAGAGAUAAAGUUAAACUGUUCUCGGGAGAGUGAGGUUGUAACAAGACUAUGCCCUGUACGACCGCUUGUUCUGUAGCAGUCAUGAAUGACGCCGACAAGAAGAGCGUGCGAACCUGCACGACCAAGUCCCUGCUUUGUGCGUUCGUGGGUUUGUGUUUUCUGAUGUUCGGCAGUGUGCUUGUAUAUUGGUAUCACGUUAAUGAGAUAUUCACACUCUCUGUGAAGCUCACGGAUAACGUCAAGGAUUUCUAUGAAAAGGACGCUAAAGAGUUAUUGAAAGUUCUUCGGUUAACGGAGUUCGUUAAUAAUGGGAGAACGACACAGGAACAUGUCAUUAGUAAUUUGGUGUCCGCGAACGUGUCCACGAACAUGUCUACGAUUGCCAAGACAAAGAACGUUCCACCUAAACCUCCCUCGGAUCGUCCGGAUACAUGUGAAAUGUGUUUCAGGCACGAUUUUAAUUACAUAUUAGACAAUGAUGAAAUCUGCCAACGUAACAACAAUUCCCCAGACAUAGAUGUGGUGGUAUUGAUAUUUACAAUUCACAAGAACAGACAACAGAGGGACACAAUACGACAAACCUGGCUUACGUAUGCUAAAAAUAACUCUAUAGACUCCAACGUUAGAUACGCCUUCCUUCUCGGAGCGCCUUCCUCUCCAGCGAUGGAUAAAGCGGUAAAGGAGGAAUUCGAUAUAUACCAGGAUAUUCUUCAGGAAGAUUUUAAAGAUGCUUACAGUAAUCUAACGUACAAAACUAUGAUGGCUUUCAAAUGGGCCAGCACCAAGUGUAAGGACGCCAAAUUCGUGAUGAAGACUGAUGACGAUAUGUAUGUUAAUAUUCCCAAUAUUCUUACGACAUUAAAAACCAACAAAGACAAAUUACAAACUCGGGUGGGAGGGGCGUGUCACCAAACAGCUAAGCCAAUCCGCGACCACCGUUCAAAAUGGUACGCAUCAAAAAAGAGUUUCCCCGGAAGUCACUAUCCGGGAUUUUGUUCCGGUACCGGCUAUGUCACCAGUAUGAACGUGGCUACCAAAGUGUUUGAGGUAUCCAAAAAGGUGCCAUUUUUCCACCUGGAGGAUGUUUAUGUCGCCCUUUGUAUUAAAAAACUGGGGUACUCAUUACUAGCUAUCCCAGGAUUCAAUGCUGGCAGAUUUCGAGCUGAUCCAUGUAUUUACCAUGGCAAAACCAUGAUGACGUCACACCAAGUUCCACCGGAUAUGAUGAAGAAGAUGUGGCUAGGAAAGUGUUAAUGUCGUCGGUGGGUUUGAAAUAACAUCAAGUGUCUUUUCUACAAAGGAUUAUGUGGAUUCUAUGUAAACAUUCGCAACAAGUGCCUAUUAAUCUUAAUCCCCAUCUCCAUUACGACAUUUAUUGAAAAACAUUCUCGAAUCUGCGAGUUUUUAUUUAACUGAUGAAUAUGGUCCUUAUUAUCGCGAUACAACACUUUGUUAACGGCACAACAAUCGUAUCUGAUGAUGCUCGUGUAGAUAUAAACAGAAAACGACCAAUAUUAUUUAAGAGAGAAAUGUAAGAAAUCCAGGACAAUAUUCCUUUCAAAAUCAAUUUUAUUUUUUCUUCUUAUUCUCCCGACAUUGCAGCAGUCAUAUUACAAAGAUGUAAUUGCAUUGUAUAUAACGUACCUUACUGGUAAAGUGUUAAUUUUUGCGAGCUUAAUUUACGGCCUAAUCACUUUAAAUAUCUAGAAUUAGCGUUAUAUAAUGAAGUGACACAUGCAAUACUCUAAAACUAUAGAGACACUGUAAAUAACAUUCAUAUUUAACGUGACCAACACAAGUACCCCCAAAUUAACACUAUUUAUUGAGAUUAAUGAUAAAAUCAUCAGACCAUGCCAUCGUCAUAGAGAAUGUAAAUCUCGUUGUAGACAAUAACCUCGACAUUCCAGUGGUAUUGAUCAUGAUCUGCCUGAUAAUACUAACGAACAUCCAUGACACAGGAAAUGAAUCUCGAUUGUAUUUUAAUAUCAAGAUGACGACAGCCGUUUGCUAUUGAUGCUGUUUAAUGUAUUUCUGUUAAUGUUAUAUUUUUUAACUUCAAAUAUAUUUUUGUUAAGAUUUCACAACUUAAUAAAGUGUAGAUAUGUUUUAUAACGUUAA